AUGACUGACAGGACCCUGGAUCUCCGGAGUAAGUCUCAGGCGGAGGCAGGCGAGGUUCUCGGGCUGGAGCAGCUGGAGGAGGUGUUAACCCAGAUAUUUGUACACCAGGUGCUUGAGGAGAAGAUCAUCACCUUUGUGAAGAAUGAGCUGAAGAGAUACAAGAAGAUUGUGAGUCCAGAUUACCAAGAACACUUUGAGGGUAAAGAGCAGGAUGAGAGUGAUGCCAGAGAAGGGGCUCUUAAGAUGGCACUGCACUUCCUGAGGAACAUGAAGCAACAACAUAUUGCUGACAAACUGCAAGAAAAUGAACAUGAUGUGGUUUGUCAAACUGAGCUGAAGAGAAAUCUCAAGAACAGGUACCAGAGUGUGCUUGAAGGAAUACCUAUGCAAGGGAGCUCUGCUCUGCUAGAAAAGAUCUACACAGAGGUCUACAUCACAGAGGGAGGAAGUGGGAAAGUAAAUGAGGAGCAUGAAGUCAGGCAGAUUGAGUCCAUCUCCAAGAGACCAGCUGGACAAGAGACACCAAUUAAAUGCAGAGACAUCUUCAAGUCCUUACCUGGCCAAGACAAACCAAUCAGAAGUGUCAUCACAAAGGGAGUAGCUGGAAUUGGCAAAACUGUCUCUGUUCAAAAGUACACCCUGGACUGGGCAGAGGGGAAAGAAAACCAGGAUGUCCACUUUAUAUUUCCACUGCCUUUUAGGGAGCUAAACCGCAUGAAAGACAAACAGCUCUCUUUGAUGGAUCUUCUUCACCACUUUUUCUCAGAAAUUAAGCAGUUAACCUUUCGCAGCCAGGGGAAGUACAAAGUGUUGUUCAUCUUUGAUGGUCUGGAUGAGUGCCGACUCCAGCUAGACUUUCAGAAAAAUGAAAUUUUGACUGAAAUGACGAAUGUCACUUCAUUGGAUGUUCUGCUGACAAAUCUCAUCAAGGGUAAUCUGCUUCGCUCUGCUCUCCUUUGGAUCACCUCUCGACCAGCAGCAGCCAAUCAGAUCCCUCCUGACUGUGUCGACCGGGUCACAGAAGUGCAAGGGUUCAGUGAUCCUCAGAAGGAGGAGUACUUCAGGAAGAGGAUCAGUGAUCAGACUCUUGCCAGCAAAGUUAUCACUCACAUAGAAUCAUCAAGAAGCCUCCACAUUAUGUGCCACAUACCGGUGUUUUGCUGGAUUGCUGCUAAUGUUAUUGAAUUUCUUCUUAAAACUGAAGGAGAUAAGCAAGUUCCAAAGACUUUGACAGAGAUGUACACAUAUUUCCUUGUUUUCCAAACCAAGCAGAGGAAUGUGAAAUUUGAAGGAGUUCAUGACACAGAUCCACAGUGGAACCAGGCUAGUCUCCUUGCUCUUGGGAAGUUGGCCUAUGAGCAGCUGAAGAAGGGAAACCUGAUUUUUUAUGAAGAUGACCUGAGAGAGAGUGGUAUUGAUGUCAGAGAGGCAGCAGUACACUGUGGCAUCUGCACCCAGAUAUUUCAGGAGGAGUCAGGCCUUCAUCAGGAAAAGUUGUACUGCUUUGUGCAUCUGAGCAUCCAGGAGUACCUUGCAGCUUUGUAUGUGAUCCUGAUGUUAAUAACUGAGGGGAAAGAUCUCAUGUCCCCACAGCAACCCCCCAGAACAAUGUUUCAACGUCUGAAAUGGCAAACAACGGACAAACCCAUGACCACCUUACAGAAGAGUGCUGUGGACAAAUCCAUGAAAUAUGAAGAUGGGCGCUUUGAUCUGUUCCUCCGUUUCCUUCUUGGCCUCUCUCUGGAAUCCAACCAGAGACUCUUGAGAGGCCUAAUAAAGAAAGUACAACAUGAAAGCAAAGAGGAAAUAGGCAGCUACAUUAAGACAAAGAUCAGGGAGAUACCAUCAUCAGAUAGAGUUAUCAACCUCUUCCACUGCCUGAAUGAAGUCAACGAUCACUCCUUAGUGGAAGAAGUCCAGAGCUUCUUGAGUGCUGGGACACUUUCUGAAGCCAAACUCUCAUCCACACAGUGGUCAGCCCUUGUGUUUGUGCUUCUGACAUCAGAAGAAAAGCUUGAUGUGUUUGACUUGAAGAAGUACAUUUUGUCUGAUGAAUGUCUUCUAAGGCUGCAGCCAGUAGUGGAGGAAUCACAAACAGUUCUGCUCAACAGUUGUGGGCUCACUGAGAGGAGCUGUGCAGGUCUGGCAUCUGUCCUCACCAAAGCGUCUUCAAAGCUGAAAAAUCUGGACCUCAGUGACAACAGCAUUGGAGAUAAUGGUGUCCAAGAAUUGUGUAUUGGACUGGGUAACCCAAACUGUGCACUGGAGACACUCAGCCUGGAUAAGUGCAGUAUUGGAGAGGAAGGCUUCAGAGCUCUUGCAUCAGCACUGAGAUCAAACCCCUCACACAUGAGAGAGCUGUGGCUGGGUGGGAAUAAAGCAGGAGACUCAGGAGUGAAGCAUCUUUCUUCUCUUCUGGAGGAUCCCAACUGUAAACUGGAGAAACUACAGCUCAACAGUUGUGGGCUCACUGAGAGGAGCUGUGCAGGUCUGGCAUCUGUCCUCACCAAUGCAUCUUCAAAACUGAAAAAUCUAGACCUCAGUGCCAACAGUUUUGGGGAUAUUGGUGUCCAAGAAUUGUGUAGUGGACUGGGUAACCCAACAUGUACACUGGAGACACUCGGGCUCUCUGACUGCAGUAUCACUGAGAGGAGCUGUGCAGGUCUGGCAUCUGUCCUCACCAAAGCAUCUUCAAAACUGAAAAAUCUAGACCUCAGUGCCAACAGUUUUGGGGAUAUUGGUGUCCAAGAACUGUGUAGUGGACUGGGUAACCCAACCUGUACACUGGAGACACUCAGCAAGCACAUCAGCAUCAGUAAUACGGUGGCGCUGGUGAUCCCGGGGCUGUGUGUGGGGUUGCCCACGGUGAUCUGGGCACUGCGGACGCAGGGUGCCCACCAACGGGACCAGAGCUGGGGAAUGGAAGCAGGAGCUACAAUCACCAUGUGUUCUCUGUUUGAGAUGGAUCAGCUUCACAGCCACUCGGACACCUCUGGGAGUGUGGUGACGGCUGACUGUGGCUGCCCCUGA